AUCAGCUGUGUCCAAUCACAGCUGAUCACUGAUCAUCAGGGCACUGAUGAUCAGUGUGCCCCUGAUGAUCAGUGUGGCCCCAGAAGUGCCACCUGUCAGUGCCCAUCAGUGCCACAUGAAUGCCACAUAUCAGUGCAUACCAGUGCACAUCAAUGCCACAUAUCAGUGCCCAUCUGAGCUGCCUUUCAAUGUCACCCAUCAGUGCCACCUAUCAAUGCCAAUCAGUGCCACCUAUCAGUGCUGCCAAUCAGUGCCAGUCAGUGUCGCCUAUCAG